AUGGAUGUGGCUCCUAUGGAAGCUUGGUAUGAGUUUCGCAUCAUGGCUGUCAUGGAUGACACGGUCAGCGAGCCCAGUAACGUGGUAGGAGUGUCCAGCACAGACUUCUUCCCCCCUCCAGAGAGUGAGGAGCGUGGACUGACGCGGCCUGUGGUGGCUGGCAUCGUGGCCACCAUUUGCUUCCUGGCUGCAGCCGUCCUCUUCAGUACGAUGGCUGCAUGCUUUGUCAACAAGCAGCGGCGGAAGAAGCUCAAGAGGAAAAAAGAUCCCCCGCUGUCCAUAACGCACUGCAGAAAAAGCAUGGAAACACCGAGUCCACUUAGUUUCUUUCCCAGCCUUGAGUACUACUGGGAAGGGCUGGCUGCACAGUACAAACCGCAAUCUUCCAGUCCUCAGUCAUCUUCCGGAAAGGUGAGUCCGGAGAGCACACGUUCAAAGGCAUCCCCAUCAGAAUCAUCUGAAGACAGUCACGACCAGCGUGGAAUAAAACCACCUCCCCGUCCAGGAAAGAGGGAAGACUUAUCCUUGUACAUGAAGACCAAAAGAGCAAUAACAAGCAAGAGGUACAUGUCCAAACAUGAAGCUGAACCAACAACACCUAUUGAACUUAUCAGUCGAGGACCAGAUGGACGUUUUGUCAUCGAUCCCACUGAUGCGGAAAUGUCAGUCAAGCCCCGGCGCAUCGAGGGUUUCCCCUUUGUGGAGGAAUCUGACCUUUAUCCGGAAUUCCGGCAAUCAGAUGAAGAGAAUGAUGAUCCCAGACCUCUUCCACCUGUUAUGGCACCACUUCGACCCCACCAGAUUUCCCCAAUCUCCAGUCAGGAAUCAUAUCUCCAGCCUCCAGCCUACAGCCCCCGCUUUCACAGGCCCUUUGAAGGUAUGACCAUCAUGGAGAGCAGUCAGCUUCAGGCCACUGGACAGAUCCGAGGCUCUCUCCACCACAGAGCUUUCUAUGGCUAUCUAGGACCGCCUGGAGAUCAUGAUCCCCCACCUCCCUUCUACCUGCCUGACACUAGCCCUCUGAGGUCAGUCAUGUCCUCUCCUCCAUACUUUCCUGAGGGUCCUUUUGUGCAUCCCAUGAUUCCUGAAGACGUUGUAGAGUCAGAUUUUCCACAAUAUGCUGUUUCAAGUUUCCCCCUUCCUCUGACACUAACCACUUCCUCUCAUUCACCAGAUAUUUGGCAGGGACUAGAUUUUACGUUUUCAAGCCUGGAAGGGCCUCAGUUUAUUUUUCCCCCUCACCACCCUUUGCAUCCCCGCCAUGACCCUCCCUAUGCCUCUCCACCUCAUGUUCUUCCCCUUAGUGCUUUCCAGCACUCCACCCUUCCGAUGCCUACCUACCCAGCCGUCCUGCCGCUCGAGGCCCCCAAAGGUCAUACAAGCAAGUCUCCCAGCAAGACCAGGCCUCAUGGCUCCCCAGCCAGGCAUCUAGCUAUGCAAGAGGCACAUUUAGGGCAGCUAAGACCUUCGGGCCGUAGUAUGGGUGUGCCAGUUUUGUCUUAUAGUGAUCCAUUGGCUCAUAUUGUCCCUAGUUCAUUCAGUAACCUGGAUACACGAUGGUUUGAAACUACCCCUCGUUUUAGUCCCAGACAGACUCGUAGAAUGGAUUCUGGCCGGCAUCAGGUGGUUCUUCAACCAUCUCGACUUUCACCCCUCACCCAAAGCCCUCUUAGCUCUCAAGAGGGCUCCCCAGAGAUUGUAGUACGCCCCCGCCCACGUCCAAGUGUUGUGCAGCCUCCUGCACCCACAGGGAUGUCUGAAAUGACCCUGCUCCCUCCUUCCACAGCCAGCUUUUCAAGGAGAUCAUCACCAAACUCAUCACCUGCUCAAGGGCAGGGUAGCAGGAGAGCAAGCUCCUGCUACCAUUCCCACAUGGCUUUUGCCACCUCUGCAACAAGUUAUUCAGCUUCCCAGUCCCCAUCGUCCCCCAUGGAAUGCAGUGGCAUAUUUGGGCAGAUGCCAGCUCAUAGGAGGACUGAAGAGGAGCUCCUUCCAUCUGAGCCCUCCCCAUCCCGGUUGUCAGCUUCAGGAAAACGUCGAGGUGCAUCAAGUGCUCAUUUGGGGUCUGAGAGGAGCAAUGCACUGAGAUACCAGCGAAUUAAAAAAGCCAAGAAGACAACCAUGAACAACAACAACUCCAAGACUAGAAAGAAAGCAGGUGUCUCCACCUCUCAGACCCAGCAGGCCUACACCUCUCAGGUACUCCCGCCCGAAGAAGCGCUCUACCUCUGCAAGAAGAAGAAACGGCCCAUUCUUCAUGAUCCAUACGCUCGCUUUUCCGCUCUCGUGUACCGCCGUCCGCCACGGGAGGACCAGAAGGCCAUUUUAGCUAGCAUGGACCACAUGGACUCAGACCAUGGCACCUUCCUCUGAAAGGCUUGUUACCAUUACCGUUCCAUCAACAUCCUCCCAGCUAUACAAGACAACAGUCAGUUUAUGCAGUUUCCACCUGAUGAAGACCAGAGUAUGUUUUAUGUUUCAGUCUGUAGCUUCCGACGCGGUUUAUUCGGUUAGCUUUUGUGAGCAGAUUGACACUAACCUGGGUCACUCUAGAGAAGAACCUGAACAGAGUUCAGUUUCACUUUUUCUAGUGAAAUAAAAAUGCAUAUUCUAGUCUAAAACUUUUUGUCUCAGUUAACUUUCCAGUUGUGGACACAAACAGUGUCUGCAUCGUCUAAUGUCGACCAGUAUCCCCUUCUUAACAUUGCUUAAAUUUGAGAUAAUCGUUGAACAUUUACUCUAGUUUUCUUAAAAAGAGGCAGGUUCUGAUUAUUAAUCUCAGUUUUCCCAAACUUCCCUUUAAUCCUUCAACCACUGGAUGAUUGAAAUUCCUCAGACUGAGCUCCUGUUUUCUGAGAGAAGCCCAUUUCGAUUAGCCCCCCCCCACCCCCC